CAUUUUGCGGCUGGAUUUUAAUCGGCAUCUAUGUCGAAAAAGCUUUUUACGGUGUGUGGGAUUUUGAAGCGAAAUUGGGCGAGCAGUUUCCUUGAGGCCAAACAUCGCCGUACAUUCUGGGAAUCAAGGGUACUACGAGAGGCCCAAAUUCCGCAAACCGCCUUUACGGAGUUAUCUUACACCGUUGAGCAGGUCUACAAUGCUGGAACGGCCAACGAGUUCGAAGAACGGCACUAUAAUGGGGGCAGGAACUUUGCAUGCACCAAUGCGUCCUUUUACGGCGCAGGAGUCACCAAGGAAGUGAUGUUUCAAGCUGUGCAAGAUUAUCUUCAAGGGGACAAUGAUCAAGAUAUGGAUAUUCGUUUGAGCUUGCCCGUGAUCAUGAUUCAUGAUAUCUCCUUGGGUUCCCAUCACUUCAUGGUGUGUGCAUUCCUGGGAGAAGCGCUGAAUAAUUCCCCACCAACUCCCACUGACCCCAAAAUUGUCAUCUGGCAACCCACUGAGAAGGUUAUCUAUACCAGACGGGUUGGAACACGAAUGACUGACGCUCAAUGGCAUAUGGAAUAUCAAAACUUGAAGACUCUCCUUGAGGCCAAUGGCAAAGGUUCGAAUAUCUUGAACCACGUUUAUGCAUAUGUUACUUUCACUCCUCCAUGGACCAAGAUGGCUGAUAGAUACGAGGUCUGGAUCUUCAAGAACGUUCAAGUGCAUAACUUUUAGAGAUCAUGCAUGUAUUACGGCUAAUGACUAAAUCAAUGUGCAAAGCUGUAAGGAAAAUAAACCUUUUAGAACAUUUAUGAAUAGAACUAUCAAUAUAGAAUAAGGAGGUACAA